GUGUACGUAGCCUGAGUCUGAAUUAAAGACUCACCUGAAUGCUUUUCUGCCUGUGACUUCUACCCAUACUUAGCUUUAGUCUUAAUUCUACUCAUUACUCUGGAAAUUGGCUCUUAUAUGUCAGCACCCUCUGCAGGAUAUCCCAUUACUACCAUGCCAGGAACAAGCCAUGUUACAUUAACAUGAAAGGUAGUAAUGAAAAAUUCUAGGAAUUUAGAGAGAGAAAGAAAAGAAAGACCAUAACUGAACAAGCAAUUUCCUUUGUUUUUAGCAGAGUGAAUUUCCAAGAAGUUCUGAAAACAAGAGUAUUGGCUGUAGCCUUGGCAGUUGUUGUUCAUUAGUGAACUUGAGCUGUUUGGGAGGAAACAGUUUGCUCUAUGGGCUGCUGCUGUUGCAGCUGAUUUUGGUUUCCAUGCUAUGGGGACACAAAUAGCAGCGGCAGCAGCAGCAGAGAGAAGGGGCCAUUCACAUUCAUAUCACUUACCACUCCUCAUCAGGCAGCUGCUUGCUUACUUAGAACCUGAGGUCACUGUUCUGUUCCUGAAGUUACAGCAGUCUUUUCAUUAAACAAGACAAGACAUCAGUGAUACACAGGUAAUGAUUAACUGAAGAUCAUGACAAGCCCCUGGACAACGUGUUGCAAUAAAAAGAACAAACCCAAGAAUGGAUUGCAUGAAUUGGAUUCAGUGGCAGAGAACAAGAAGGAAAAAAUGCAGAUGAAACAAGAAAUCACCUUGCUUAAUGGCAUUUCGUUAAUAGUAGGGAACAUGAUUGGCUCUGGAAUAUUCGUAUCUCCCAAGGGUGUUCUGAUGUACAGUGGUUCAUAUGGAAUCUCACUCCUUCUCUGGGCCCUUGGUGGGAUCUUUUCAUUGUUUGGAGCAUUGUGUUAUGCUGAACUGGGGACAUCCAUUAUUAAAUCAGGAGCAAGCUAUGCCUAUAUUCUAGAAGCUUUUGGGGGCUUUAUAGCCUUUAUCAGACUGUGGUCUUCCUUGCUCAUUAUUGAACCAACAACUCAGGCUGUGAUAGCCAUCACUUUUGCUAAUUAUAUUGUUCAGCCGAUAUUUCCAUUCUGUGAGCCACCCUAUGGAGCAGUUAGGUUGAUUGCGGCUGCCUGCAUCUGCUCCCUGACGUUUAUUAACUGUGUCAAUGUGAAGUGGGGAACUAGAGUACAAGAUCUUUUCACGUAUGCCAAAGUAAUGGCCCUUAUUAUGGUCAUAGCUGUGGGUCUUUACAAAAUUAGCCAAGGAGAAACUGAAAAUCUCAAGGAGCCAUUUGAAGGCUCAACAACAGAUGCAGGAUUCAUUGCUCUUGCUCUCUACUCAGCCCUUUUUUCCUACUCUGGAUGGGAUACAUUGAAUUUUGUCACAGAAGAAAUGAAAAACCCAGAAAGGAACUUGCCACUUUCCAUUGCUGUUUCAAUGCCAAUUGUGACGAUCAUUUACCUGCUGACUAACGUGGCCUACUAUGUCGUGCUGGACAUGCCUGCUCUGUUAGCGAGUGAUGCUGUGGCUGUGACUUUUGGAAAUGAAACUCUUAGCCAUGCUAAGUGGAUCAUCCCUAUUGCAGUGGCUAUGUCUUGUUAUGGAGGAUUAAACUCAUCAAUUAUUGCAGCUUCCAGGCUUUUUUAUGUUGGAGCCAGAGAAGGACACCUCCCCGAUAGUCUGAGCUUGAUUCAUAUAAAAUGUUUCACACCUGUCCCUGCUCUUCUUUUUAAUGGAUUAAUGACUUUGAUUUAUCUCCUUGUGGAAGAUGUCUUCCUCCUGAUCAAUUACUAUUGCUUCAGCUAUUGGUUCUUUGUUGGGUUAUCCAUUGCAGGAUUAAUAUACUUAAGAUAUACCCAGCCAGACAGGCCAAGGCCCAUUAAACUCAGCCUCUUCUUCCCCAUUGUGUAUUGCUUAUGCACCGUUUUCCUAGUCAUAAUUCCUCUCUACAGUGAUACAAUCAAUUCCAUUAUUGGAAUUGGUAUAGCGCUCUCUGGAAUUCCUGCUUAUUUUUUGGGAGUCUAUUUACCAGUUGAAAAGAGACCUAAGUACCUCCAAUGGCUUUCAGCAACAACCACAAAAUAUGUCCAGAUGCUGUUCUGUUGCUGUCUGACUGACUUGGAUAUUGAAACAGAGACAUCAGAAACCAAAACCAAGUAGAAUUAUUUGGACAUUUCCUCCACUUGAAGCAUCCAGUGUCACUGGGAAUACUAUUUUGUGCUCUUGGGCCAUGCCAAGGCAUGUGCAAUUGUACUGUGCAUCAUUUUGAUGUUUCUUAAUCUGUGCUGCAUUAUUAGCCUUUCCUUUGUCUGAUUGCCAGUUCAUGAGGACUUCUUCAUGCUGAUUCAAUAGCUGGUAAUUAUACACUAUUUGAAAAAUACAAGAUACAACAUAUAGAAACAAGCACUUAAUAAGUGCUAGUUUUUAAAGAGCUUUAUUAUAAAUGUCUCCAAGUUGCCAAUUGAAAAUAGAGGCCUGGGAAGGAAAACGUAAAUUUAUGUCAAGAGGAGGAACUAAAAAUAUACACAUUUCCAACUUCAACACUUUCCUCAAAAGGGCAUAUGAAAAAACUUGCACUGUAAACAUUUAGUUCUAAGGAACUCUAGAGCUGUAAUCCUAUACCCAAUUAUCUGGCAGUAAGUCACAGUUAAUCGGAUUUCUGAACAGACCUGUAUAAGAUUGUGCUGCAAGCCUUUUACAGAGAGAGUGUACAAAUUUAUUUCAUUCAGUGCUGGUUAAAUACAAGUAAUAAUAUUACAGUCUGAUCUAUGGUGAAACACAUUCUGGCAAUGGCCCAUAGAAAUCAGUAGAAGGAUAUCAAUGGUAUAGAAAGGCGGUAUCCUGUGCUCUUGAAUUGAUGUGUUGCACCAAGACCUUGCCUUACUCCAGUAGUAGCCAUCUUGGUGCCCUCCAGAAGUUGUUCAGCUUCAACUCCCGUCAGCCCCAUCCUGCAUGGCCAAUGGUCAAGGAUCAUGAGAGUUGUAGUCCAGUAUUAACUGGAGGGCACCACAUUGGCUACUCCUGCCUUACUCCAUUGCAGGGUACCAUUGUAUUACAAAACAAGGCAUGUUCAGUGGAGAUCUGGUCUGUUAGCAGCUCCUUCAGCAGAAUACAAAGGACUGUAAAAGCAGCAUAGUGUUCUAUUGUGGAUUUAAUAGUAUUCAGGAUUUAUAAUACUUUUUCUUAUGAAGUAUAAUUAAAAUGUGUGGCUCAGCUUGAUGUCUCUGCCCACAUGCCAAGCUUAAGGUGCCUCUUUAGAAACAUUGGGGCAUGACUUUAUAUUACCACAGCUAAAGGAGCUCAUCAUGUUGUUUGUGAUAAAGAGGGGAACGUCUGGCCCUCCAGAUGUUGCUGAACUACAACUCCCAUCCCCAGUGGCCAGGGAUGAUGGGAGGUAGUUCAGCAACGUCUGGAGGGCCAAAGGUUUCCCACACCUGAUCUAUGCCAAACAACUACCAAUUUUCCUUCUGAACAAGCAACUGCCUAAUCUUAUGUGCACAAAACAUAAGAUAAUCAACUUUUUCCCCUUCCAGCAUUUUAUAUUACAAGCCACGCAUGUGUAUUGCAGUAGAGAAGGAUGAAGGCCUGUUAAAUAUGCUUCUGUUCUGAAUAAAC